UUGCCCCUUUCUCAAAACACAGUUGGGCUAGAGAAAGAGAGAGAGAGCCCAUUCAAUCUUGAAAGGACCCGCGCCCAUCCAACCCUUCCUCUCUCACUCAUCCCUACUACUGUCUCUCUUCUCUAUUCUCUCUCCGGCCGCCGCUGCUCUACAUUGCUUUUCUCUGUAAACGCUGUCCUCCAUUGCAGAAGGGUUCCGUGGAGAGUUUUCAAUUUCAGUAUAAACGAAUAUUACAUAAUAUAUCAUAUAACAGAAAGAUGAUAAAGCGUCGAUUCUACAAGAUGGAUCACGGCGACAAAAACGACGAGGUCACCGACGACUCUUCUUCGUCUUCGGACUCGGAAGUGGAGGCAGAAUCUCAAAGCGAGGAUGAUGGAGUUUCUGCUGAGCAGCUCAAAGGGGAGGAUGCUGAAGCUUGCUCUACCUCUUCUGGAUACGAAACUGAGGAUAGCUCCGGCAAUGAACUUGGUAUCGACUCCUCAGGUCUACCAAUAGAUGAAGAGGAUUCUGAUUCUGGAAAUGAAAGACCAAUUCAUAUUGACAGUCAGCUGUCAGACAAGGAGUUGGAUUUGGUAGGUUUUCCAGGGUGUGUUUUGAAGUGCAAAUCGGUUUUUAAGUGCAAGAUAUGCCCAAAAAUAGUCUGUUUGAAUGAGGAGACAUUGAAGGCUCAUUUGAAGUCCAAGAGACAUUCCCGCUCGGAGAAAUUACUGACUGAAGGAAGGCUGAAGAGUAUGCUCAACAGUGAUGGGGAAAUUGACAAUGAAGACAUACCUGCAAAGCAGCAUGAUGAAGUUGCACCUCCUUCACAGGAUAAACCAAAGAGGGAAAAAAGAGGUAGGCAGAGACAACAUCGUCGAUUACAGAACAAGAGGUCAAAACAGAAAGUAAUAAAACACAGGAAAUGGAAAACGGAACCUGAUUCUAGUAACCCAAAAGCUAAGCCAACAAGAGAGAAGCCGGCCAAGAAGAGUAAACAUGACAAAUGAAGAGUGUUAUUUGGCUGCUAAACAAGAAUAUGCAUACUGUGAGAAAUGGUAUGGAAACACGACAUCCUCUUUUAGUUUCGUUGGUUGGAGUAGUAAUGUGGUGAAGUGUCGAUCUGAAACUACUUUUUCUUUAUGUUUUGCUGUUUUCAAAGUUGUGUGCCCUCUUCUUCUCUCUUCAGAUGAAUGUCGAUUCAUUCUGUUGUAGUUUUCUAUUUUUGCUGUCUACUGUUCUCUGAGCAAUAGCAAUUUUGUCAUUUAAUUCUAAUUUUUUGUUUUUGCUAUUUACUAUAAUGCAUACAUUAUUAUGACUAA